CUCUUCAUCAGCUGACUAACUCCUCUCCAGCAGUAGGUUUGUUCUCUGAUGUUUAAUCCUGUUUGAAGCGGGUCGAUGGAAACAUACCGCUCACUGUUAGCUGUCUGCUAGCAGACAUCAGACCACACUGACUGUGUGUGCUUCAUUCAGAAAAGAUGGCAGACGACGCCCCUUCUGUAGCCAUGGAGGCUGUCCUUAAGCCCAGUUGCGACCUCCCAGAGGACAUGCCAAAGAUCAAAGGCUACGACUUCAACCAGGGGGUAGAUCUCCAGGCAGUGCUGAAGUCCUACAUCACCACGGGCUUCCAGGCCAGCAGGUUGGGCUUAGCCAUCCAGGAGAUCAACCAAAUGAUAGAGAAGCGUCUUGAGCCGGUGGAGGUGGACGAAGAAAAUGAAUGUAAAGAGUCCGGUGAAGCCUCCCGCAAGUUGGGCUGCACCAUCUUCCUGGGUUACACCUCCAAUUUAAUUAGCUCCGGGGUCAGAGAGAGCAUCCGCUACCUGGCAGAGCACAAAAUGGUGGAUGUGAUUGUAACCACAGCUGGAGGCAUAGAAGAGGAUUUAAUCAAGUGUCUGGCUCACACGUACUUGGGAGACUUCAACCUGCCUGGCAAGGAGCUCCGCCAGAGGGGCAUCAACAGGAUUGGGAAUCUGUUGGUGCCCAAUGACAACUACUGUAAGUUUGAAGACUGGCUGAUGCCCAUCCUGGACCAGAUGUUGUUGGAGCAGAACACAGAGGGCACCCGUUGGACUCCCUCGAAAAUGAUCCACCGACUUGGCAAAGAGAUCAAUAAUACUGAGUCUGUCUACUAUUGGGCGUACAAGAAUAACAUUCCAGUGUUCAGUCCUGCUCUGACAGACGGCUCUCUGGGCGACAUGAUCUACUUUCACUCUUUCAAGAACCCCGGCUUGGUUUUGGACAUAGUGGAAGACAUUCGCAGGGUGAACAGCCAGGCGGUGUUUGCCAAAAGGACGGGGAUGAUCAUCCUGGGAGGAGGGCUGGUCAAACAUCAUAUAGCCAAUGCUAAUCUUAUGAGGAAUGGAGCUGACUACGCAGUGUUUGUGAACACGGGUCAGGAGUUCGAUGGCUCUGACUCUGGAGCCAGACCUGAUGAGGCCAUAUCCUGGGGCAAGAUCAGAACAGAUGCUAAACCCGUUAAGGUGUAUGCAGACGCCUCUCUAGUCUUCCCUCUGAUAGUGGCCGAGACCUUCGCUCUCCACGCCGACAAGCUGACUGCUGGAAAGAAAACGGAUUAAAUUAUUGCCUCCUUCUGUUAGAAACAACAACCCGCUUUGUUCCUCUGGCGCUUCCCUUGUUUGACAUAUUGCAGAUAUAAGUUUGAUCUUCUAAACAUUUCUGUUGAAAGUACAUGCUUAUGGUUUGGCAACUUUAAGAGGCAGCAUUUCAUACAAUGCUGUAAUUGAAAACCUAAUUUUUUUAUGGGAGUCAGUGGUGAGGGUUUCCUGUCUUAAUGCUUUCCAUAACAAUAUUUACUUGGGAAAACAAGUACGGGUUUUUUUUUCCCCCUGUUAGCUGGAAUAGCAUGGGUAGCAAGCUAUUGCAUGUACCAAAGAGAUUGUGUAGAAUGCGUCAGGUUUUAGCUGUGGGAGUGAGUGAAUGUGUGAGAGAGAGAAUAUAUACACACUCAUGAGGCAUUUUUCUUUUAGCCAAGAGAUUUAUUUCAAUUUAGUUGUGGCAAGACACACCGUUUUUAUAUUUUCCAAGCCUUUACCUUACUGUCACUGUUACAGGAUGCAAUAUGUGCCUGUAUAUCUUAAUAAAUCAUAAGUGAAUAAUUUAUUCCUGUAUAAAUGGGCUUUUAGUGGACGAUUACAGUCUAAUAGUCUUUGAGCAGAAGGCCACAAGGGGUCCACUUUGUGACACUUAAUUUCACAUGACUGUUUGUAAUCUUUAUUGUAUUUAAGGAUAUAAAAAAACUGUUGCGUUACAGGACACAGAAGACAAUAUUGCUGAAAAAUAAUAUUUAGAAUAUUAAAUAAAGUUUGAAAAUCCUC